AUGCGUUGCUGCCUGCAAUCUGCCCCUCAUCAUGCGCGUGCUACUGCAGUGAGCUUUGUCAAGCCUGCCUCGCAUCAUACCUUGAACAGCAUGGGGUUUAGGGGUGAGUUGGAUUUCAGGGUCAAGUCAACUAGCCUUGUCUGUCUUCCUUUUCCGUGCAAUCACUCUUCGUUUCGCCCUCUCGUUGCUUUUCCUGCAUCCAGCUUCAUCCUGCUGCACCUGCCUUGUGCGUGCACAGUAGACUACAACAAGGCCAUCAAGGACUUCAUCCUGCACCUGCCUUGUGCAAGCGCAGUGGACUACAACAAGGCCCUUAAAGAGUGCGCCAGGCAGGGGAAGCUGCAGUUAGCCCUCACUCUCUUCCACGCUCUCAGAAGGGGAUGCAGAGCAGGAGGAAAUGGGGGUGGUGAUAGCAGCACCAGCAGCAGCAGCAGCAACAGCAGCAACAGCAGCAGUGGUGGCAGUGGCAGCAGCAGUAGCAGGGAGCCAGUUGGAGGAGAUCUGUUGCCACCACCUGGCGUUUCACCUGAGGUUCCACCUGAGCGGGGCGUGCUACCUGGAAUAGCACCUGGCGUGGCACCUGACAUGUUCACAUACCGCUCCAUGAUGGACGUGUGUGCAGCAUGCGGCGCCGGCAAUACAGCCGCUGAAAUCAUCCAGGUGAGUCAUUCAGGUGUUAGGUGCUACUUGCCCGCUGGUGCUCCUACACUCAGCGGCUCUGACAUGCUCGCUCGUCACACACCACUCCCUGAUGCUCCCGCUCUCUCGUGUUCCCCUUGCUCCUCACUCCCCUUCCGCCCCUCCAGGCAAUGGAGCAGAGCAGUAGGGCGGGGUUGCAUUGUACCCAACGCCUGCGUGGUGACUUUUGAGUCGACUCAAAAGUCACCCUCCAGGCAAUGGAGCAGAGCAGUAGGGCGGGGUUGCAUUGUACCCAACUCCUGCGUGGUCAACUGUGCACUCAACGCGUGUAUUCACACGUUCUCUCUUCUUCCCUCUCCUUCCCCUUGCACUUCCGCCCAUCCAGGCUAUGGUGGAGGAGGACGGGGUGGUGCCCAACACAACACCUAUGUGGCUAUGGUGGAGGAGGACGGGGUGGUACCCAACACCUACGUGGUCAACAGUGCACUCAAUGCAUGCAUCAGUGACUGGGAUGCCACGUGGUCGCUCUGGUUCCGCAUGGAGAGAGCUGGCAAUGAGCUGGCAUGGCAACGACAUUCUAACCUUGAUUCCAUUCUUCUCUCAUCCUUCCCCUCUCCCAUCCCCCCCAACCAGCGGCUCGGUGUAACCCCCGACGCCACAACAUUCAACACGCUGCUCAAAGCCUGCGCCGCCCACAGCCGCCCGGAUGCCGCCCAGCUGCUCGAGAACAGCAGCAGCAGCAGCCGCCGCACCAAGUACCUAGACGUGUACACAUACAGCACAGUGAUCCAGAUUCUGGCCCAAUCCGGCCGCUUCCAAGCCGCUUUCGCAGUAAAGUCCGACAUGGACCAAUCAGGCGUGCGCGCCAACGUGGUGACGUGGACGUCUCUGAUUGGUGCGUGCGCUCGCGCGGGGUUUGUGGACCACGCGUUUAGGGUUUUUGAGGAGAUGGUGGGGUCUGGGUGUGAGGCGACCACGGCGGUGUAUAACCUGAUGAUUGACAUGUGCGCCGAAGCUGGGCUGGAGGAUCGGGCGGUGGCGUUGCUUCGGGAGAUGCAGGCUGGGGGGAGGAGAGGCAGUCCCCAGCGCGCGCGGACGUUUGUGGGGGAGAUGAGAGCUGCGGGAUACAGCCGAACGAGCGCACGUGGGUAG